UAUUAGGGAUGUCACUUUAAAUUGCCAAGUGGGCGUGGUGUAAUACGUGUCAUGUGAUUCGACACGGAAGUGGUCUGUAGGAACUAGUGGCCGAAGCCGAUAGGUCUGUCCCAGCCUAGGUUAGGUCUGUGGGCAGUUUCGCAGUUCAACUCAACCGUCAAAGAUAAGCCAUAAAUAGCCAGAACCAUCACUCCCAACCGGUUUAGUGAGUGUUUUGGUAUUUGCAUAGUCUGUCAGAUACAAACUCCAUUGUCGCUUUACAUGGUUCAGGUGAUGGCACGCGGCAGGACACACAGCAAGUAAGACUUCUGCUCUCUCAGCCCCAGUUGCACCCGUCUCUGCAGCGCCAUUAAACAGUGUCAUGCCAGUCCCAGCUAUGGCAGAGCCUGUGGUUGAUCACCAGAAACGGUUUCAGGCUGCUGUGGAUGUCAUCCAUAACCUCCCUAAAAAUGGUUCCUACCGGCCGUCCUAUGACGUCAUGCUGCGAUUCUAUAGUCUGUACAAGCAGGCAGUGUGUGGACCCUGUACGGUGGCUCGGCCUGGCUUCUGGGACCCAGUGGGUCGCUACAAAUGGGAUGCCUGGAGCCGCUUGGGAGAGAUGAGCAGUGAGAGUGCCAUGGCAGCAUAUGUGGACGAGAUGAAGAAAGUAGCACAGGAGGUCAUCGACACCAUGCCCAUGAAUGAGAAAACAGCCUCCCUCUUCCAUCACUUUGAGCCUCUCUACCUGGUGAUUGAUGACAUGCCGCGGCCUCCAGAGUCACUGCUCACACUCGGAGAAGAUCUUAAAGGCAGUGAGCAUGCCGACAGGCCAGCAGAGAUUAAGGAUGAGGUCGAGGAGCGGGGCAACCCUACAGAAGAUUCUUCUCUGCUACAGGGUGCAGACCAUGAUCAGGAGUUCAACCUGUCUGAAGUUAUAGACCUCACUGCCAACACCAUCCCCAACGACUCUGGCGUGUGUGAGGGUUUGGUGUUGACCAGCGACUCAGAGAGCGAGAUCUUCUGUGACUCUGUGGAUUCAGUGGAGCAACUCAGCAACGUCAAGGUUCCAGUUGUAAAGACCAAUGGCUUUCACAGUGAACAGGAGUCGUCUGCUCAGAGCCUGGAGCUGGAGGGCCGUCUGGGGGUCAGACAGGUGGGAGCAGGUCAAGGAGGAGAGGGGGCAGAGGAUGGGAAAGGUCAGGGUCCCAACAGGAGGAGUCGAGACACUGGGCGGGAUGGUUCCCACCACAACUGGAGAGAACGAGGUGUUCCUCAGGGCAGUCCGAGGUGGGGGGCCCCGGGCGGUGGUGGAGGGGCCGGGCGAGGAGGAGGGGACGGUUCAGAGGGUGGGGUCGAGAGGCUGCAUGAUGCCCAGCUACAGCAGCAGAUCAUUCUGGCCCUGCGGAGGCUUAGAGAGGACAUGAGAAGUGUGAUGGAGCGGCUGGAGGUGGUGGAGAGACUCGCCGCCACACAUGCCCAGAGCUCAGAGUGGAGACCAUGUCUACAGUGUGCAGCCUCAGCCUCCAAAGAGCAGGAGGACAGGUGGUGGCAGUUUGACAUGUCCGGUCAGACCGUCCUCCUCUUCCUCUUGUGGCCAUUUGUCGCUCAGGGUUUGGUCUACCUACUGAGGAAAGCCCAGAAAAGGAGCCGCAUAUCUUCAUGAAGAAAGCCGAUGAUGACGUUCAACCAAUCACCUGUAGUAAUCCAUCGGUGCAAGGAGUUUAAUCUGUACAGAGGAAAGGAUCAAAUAUGAAUUCAUGGGACAGCUGCACCUUCCUUCAUUCUGUGCACUGAACAGAGGGAGAUAGGUUUGUGGACUUGGUGCCUGCUUGGAGAGAGAUGUAUGUGGUUGGAUCCAGAAAUCUUCUCACUCACCACAGCACAUAAAUCUGUAUUUAAAUGAUUCAAGUGGAGUCAGUUGGCUUGUCUUGGGAAGCGGGAAGCAGAUAAAGAUGAUAUUAUCAAAACUGGAUGGGUGGUUAUACUGAUCAUGAGCCUGAGGUACUGAAUAAGCCUGAAUUAAAGACUUAGAUUAUAUUAAUAUAUUACUUAAGUUAGUGAGACAUGAUGUACAUUCACUGUAUUCUAUUUACUGUUGGGUUUUGCUACCAUAAGAUCAAAGUCAUUGUAAAAUACAGCACACUGCAGCCAAAGUAUCUGCUCUGCAAUGGAGGAAGUCAGUGUACAGAUGUCUUACUAAUACGUCAUGUAGCUGUAAAAAUGUCACUGUCUCUCUGAUAUGGGGAGGAACCACUCUGUGCUUACACUUGUCAUUUCAUUGUUAUCUCUCACAUCUGAUUGUUUACCUCAGAUUGUUUGUCAGAGUCUCUGCUGACAUAUAUUUAAGUCUUAAGAUGAAAGAAUCCUUUCGGUGCUCCGUCUCUUGGACUGCUCAUGUGCUAGCUGCACAUUAAUCACAUCUACAGUACAACGUCUGAUCACAGUGACACUAAUGUAUCUCAUUUUAUAGAUCAAUGUAAACAUAAUCAGAUUGUUUAGUUACCUCCUGAGUCUUCUAUUGUGACUCCAGGUGUGAUCAGAUGAUAAAGAACACUGAAGUGGCAAGUGUAAUUGAGACUGUCCUCACCAAAUGAUGGGAGAACUGUUUGAUAACUGCCCUGUAAUGAACAGUUGUGUAUAAUACUAAUGCAUGAGCUCAGAUUAAAUAUCUAUAUUGAAUAGAAGGUUGUGCUGUGUCAAGUCUCAGUGGCAAAUACUAACAAUGAGGCAUCAAGUUUCACAGCAGUAACAAGGUGGCAGUAACAGCUGAUGUUGAUGGUGCUGGUUAAAUGGUGAGUACAGUGGCAUGCAAAAGUUUGGGCACCCCUGGUCAAAAUUUCAUUUACUGUGAAUAGUUAAGUGAGUAGACAAUGAAGUGAUUUCCAAAAGGCAUAAAGUUAAAGAUGAAACAUGCUUUUCAACAUUUCAAACAAGAUUACUGUAUUUGUUUUGUACAAUUUAAAAAAAAAAGGAAGAUAGCACCAUACAAAAGUUUGGGCACCCUGUGACAUUUGAGCACUCAGACAAUGUUUACCAGGUUAGGCAAGGCCAGGUGAUGGAAAUUUCAAAGCUUUAUAAAUACUCUGACUCUUGAUAACCUGUCCCAUCAAUCAGCAGCCAUGGGCUCCUCUAAACAGCUGCCUAGCAAUCUGAAAACUAAAAUAACUGAUGUCCACAAAGCAGGAGAAGGCUAUAAGAAGAUAGCAAAGUGUUUUCAGGUAGCUGUUUCCUCUGUUUGUAAUGUAAUUAAGAAAUGGCAGUUAACAGGAACUGUGGAGGUCAAGUUGAGGUCUGGAAGACCAAGAAAACCUUCCGAGAGAACUGCUCAUGGUGAUAAAGGGCUUUUUUUGGGGAGUUUUUCCUUAUCCGCUGUGAGGGUCCAAAGGACAGAGGGAUGUUGCAUGCUGUAAAGCCCUCUGAGGCAAAUUGUUAUUUGUGAUAUUGGGCUUUAUGA